UUUGCAUAAAUCUUGCAGGCCACACGUAGGCGAGCCGAAGAUUUUAACAAUUUUCAGCAUCUCCAGGCCUCAAAACCGCCUAAACGUAGUAACAAAAUCAGCUUAAAGUGCCAGUGCAUACUAAUUGAAUACGUUUAACAUGGCUCGUUACACGCAACGCCCGGAAAAUGCCCUAAAAAGGGCAAAUGAGUUCAUCGAGGUGGGAAAGCCCCUGCGGGCGCUGGAUACGCUCCAGGAAGUGUUCCGUAACAAGCGCUGGAACUAUGCCUACUCGGAAACCGUCAUCGAGCCGCUCAUGUUCAAGUACCUGUACUUGUGCGUGGAGCUGAAGAAGUCCCACAUCGCCAAGGAGGGACUUUUCCAGUACCGCAACAUGUUCCAGCUGGUGAACGUGAACUCCCUGGAGAAUGUGAUCCGUGGCUACCUCAAGAUGGCCGAGGAGCACACCGAGGCUGCCCAGGCCCAGUCUUCCGCGGCCGUGGCCGUGCUCGAGCUGGACGAUCUGGACAACAUCGCGACGCCUGAGAGCAUUUUGAUGAGCGCUGUUUGCGGCGAGGAUGCCCAGGACAGGUCGGACCGCACCAUCUUGCUGCCGUGGGUUAAGUUUCUCUGGGAAUCCUACUGCCAGUGUUUGGAGUUGCUUCGCGUUAACACCCACUGCGAGGCUCUGUACCACGACAUUGCUCGGAUGGCGUUCCAGUUCUGUCUGAAGUACAACCGCAAGAGCGAGUUCCGACGCCUUUGCGACAAGCUGCGCAAGCAUCUGGAGGACAUCUGCAAGAGCAGUAACCAGACCACCGGCGUCUCGAUCAACAAGGUGGAGACCCAGCAGCUGUGCCUGGACACCAGGCUAUACCUUCUGGACUCUGCCAUUCAGAUGGAACUCUGGCAGGAGGCUUACAAGGCCAUCGAGGACAUUCACGGUCUUAUGGCCCUGUCCAAGAAGACGCCGGUGCCCAAAACCAUGGCCAAUUACUAUCAGAAACUGGCGAUGGUCUUCAGCAAGGCUGGCAACCAGUUGUUCCACGCUGCCGCUCUUCUGAAGCUCUUCCAGCUGACUCGCGAGCUGAAAAAGAACCUCACCAAGGACGAUCUGCAGCGCAUGGCUGCCCACGUCCUGUUGGCAACUCUUUCCAUUCCCUUGCCAUCGGCCCAUCCUGAAUUCGAUCGCUUCAUCGAGGCCGACAAGAGCCCCCUGGAAAAGGCGCAAAAGCUGGCCGUCCUUCUGGGACUGCCACAACCGCCCACUCGAGUCUCUUUGAUUCGUGAAGUGGUGCGUCUAAAUGUGCCCCAACUUGUGUCCGAGGACUUCCGCAACCUUUACAACUGGUUGGAAAUCGACUUCAACCCCCUCAAUCUCUGCAAGCGCAUCCAAUCCAUCGUGGACAUCAUCGAGGGAGGACCAGCCGAGAGCAAUCUGCUGACUCCCUACAUUCAGUCGCUGAAGGACGUGACCAUCAUGCGUCUGAUCCGCCAGAUCUCUCAGGUCUAUGAGAGCAUCGAGUUCAAGCGUUUGUUGGAGCUGGCUUCCUUCUGCAACAUUUUCGAGCUGGAGAAGCUGCUGGUUGAGUCUGUGCGCCACAACGACAUGCAGAUUCGUAUCGACCACCAGAAGAACAGCAUCUACUUUGGCACCGAUCUGACCGAGAGCCAGCGCGAGUACCGCCCCGACGGUCCGUCUCUGCAGUCCAUGCCCUCGGAGCAGAUUCGCUCCCAGCUCGUCAACAUGUCCACCGUGCUGACCCGGGCCGUGUCCAUCGUGUAUCCUAACCGGGAGCGCGAUCAGCGUGCCAAGCUGCGCACUCAAAUGGUGCACCACUACCAUGAGAUCAAGGAUCGUGAGCACCAGCGCAUUCUUCAGCGCCAGAAGAUCAUUGAGGAUCGCAAGGAGUACAUUGAAAAGCAGAACAAUGCUCGUGAAGAGGAGGAGGCCCGCCGGCAGGAGGAAGAGUCGCGCAAGGCCAAGCUGGCUGAGCAGAAACGACUCGAGCAGGAGCAGGAGGAGCGUGAGAGGAAGCGUCACCAAAACGAAAUCCAGGCCAUCCGCGAAAAGAGUCUCAAGGAGAAGGUGCAGCAAAUCUCGCAGACGGCCCAUGGAAAGAAAAUGCUUUCCAAGCUGGACGAGGAGGGUAUCAAGAAACUGGAUGCCGAGCAGAUCGCCAAGCGGGAGAACGAAGAGUUGCAGCGUGAGGCCAAGGAAUUGCAGUCCAAGCUUAAGAGCCAGGAGAAGAAGGUUGAUUACUUCGAGCGUGCCAAGCGCUUGGAGGAGAUUCCCCUGUUCGAGAAGUACCUGGCUGAGAAACAGGUCAAGGACAAGGAGUUCUGGGAGGCCACUGAGAAGACGCGCAUUGAGAAUGCCAUUGCCGAGCGCAAGGAUGCUGUUAGCCAGCAAGAGCGCCUCAAGCGCAUGUACCCGGACAGGGACGAAUACCUCGACGCUCUUAAGAAGGAGCGUGCCUCCCUUUACGUGGAGAAGCUUAAGAAGUUCGAGAUUGCCCUCGAGGUGGAGCGCAAGAAGCGUCUCGCCGAUCGUAUCGUCCGUCGCCGCGAGGAGCGUCGUCAGGCCUUCCUUCGUGAGAAGGAGGAGGAGCGCCUUCGCAAGGAGGAGGAGAUCCGAUUGGCUCAGGCUGCUGAGGAACGUGCGGCUGCCGAGGCCCGUCGGUUGGAGCGUGAAGCCGAGGACGAGAAACGCCGUGCCCAAUAUGAGAAGCAGCGCGCCAAGGAGGAGGAAGCCGAGCGCAAGAUCAAGGAGGACCGUGAGCGACUGGCCCGCGAGGUGGCAGUUGAACGCGAACGCAGCGAAAAAGAACGCGACACCUGGCGUCCCCGUGGCGGCGACCGCCCAAGCGCACCGGCUGGCGGAGCUGGAGAGUGGCGCCGUGCUGCUCCUCCGGCUGGCGAACGCAACGAUCGUGGAGCGGAGCGCAGCGAACGUGGAGGAGACCGCAAUGAGCGGGGAGGAGACCGCAUUGAGCGAGGAGGCGAUCGCAUCGAACGUGGCGGAGAACGAGCUGAGCGCGGCGGUGACCGCGAUCGCAAGGACGAUGGUGGUGCCGAUUCCUCCUGGCGUGUACGUAGGGAACCAGACUCUCAGCGUGCUGCGGGAGCCAAGGACGCUGGCGGUGCUCCAGCCUCCAGGGAUGACAAGUGGCGCAGGGGUGGUGAUCGCGAACGGGAUCGUGACUUCCGUAAUGACGGGCCCCGUCGCGACCGGGAUGAUCGUGAUGACCGUGACCGCGGUGGCUUCCGCCGCAACGACGGACCUCGCCGCAAUGAUGAGCCCCAGCGCGAAACAGGCGGAAACUGGCGCGACGCUCCUCGUCAGAGUGAUCGGGACAAUCGCCGCCCUGGUGGCGAGCGACGCGACCGCGACGGGCGCGAUGUUCGCGGCGAUCAGCGUGGGCCUGCAUCCAAGGAAGCCGGAGGUGGCGGUGGAGGCGGAAACUGGCGUACAGCCCCCGCCCCACGCGACGAAAAACCGGCAGCCAAGCGUGACCAGCCCCAGGAUAAGGAGAACAAAGGCGGUGAUGAUGGCGAGUGGACUAGCGUGAAGCGCCGUUAAACAGCUAUACUUGGUGGCUAAACUGUAAUGUCCCAUAUUGUCCGGCACCACACGUAACAAGUUUUUUAUUUUGUGCGAUUUGUACUUUAUCAGAAUAGAGCUUUAUUUGGCUCAUUUAUCACCAAACCAUUGCUUGUGCCAGAUACUUGAAAAAAAAAUUGGCUGCUCAUAAAAGUACUUUCGAAUAAAAUAAUCCGUUUCUAAAUAAUAAAUAGUAUUAUUAAUAUCA